CGUCAGUUGGCUGAAAAUUCGCCGUAUUUUGAAAUGUUCAAGUCGAUGAACUACGAAGUGUUGUUUGCAUACGAUGCAGCUGAUGAAACGGUGUUUUUGUCGUUGCCACAAUAUCGUAUGAAACAAUUACAGUCAGUCGAUAAUUGGGCAAAGACUGAGUGUACUGAUGAGUCGUCCAGUCAGAAAUUACGUGAAGCUGGAUACUUUCUUGCGCAGUCAUCGCUAGCUCUGUGGAAGAAAGAAUUCGGCCAUUUGAUAUUUCUGAUGUUGGUGUUAAAAGAGAGACAUUAA